AUGGGCCGCCGUCGCCUGCCGGUCUGGUUGUGCGCCGUCGCGGCGCUACUCUCGGGGGCGCAGGCCAAGGGCACCCCGCUCCUCGCGCGGCCCGCGCCGCCCGGUGCGUCCCGCUACAGCCUAUACACGACGGGAUGGCGCCCGCGACUGCGCCCGGGGCCGCACAAGGCCCUCUGCGCCUACGUGGUGCACAGGAAUGUGACCUGUGUCCUACAGGAGGGAGCAGAGAGCUACAUAAAGGCUGAGUACCGGCAGUGUGGAUGGGGGCCCAAGUGCCCCGGGACAGUCACGUACCGCACGGUGCUCAGACCCAAAUACAAGGUCGGCUACAAGAAGGUGACAGAACUCUCCUGGCGUUGCUGCCCUGGGCUCACUGGAGAAGGCUGCCCCGAGCACCUCACAGACCACGGGGUGGCCGCUCCACCCCAGUUGGAGCCUGAGCCCCAGAUUCCCUCUGGGCAGCUGAGCCCAGGCCCCAGGCCCCCUCCUUCUAGCAGAGCCACCCCCAGCCCCUACGGAAGGAAAGGCCUAGGGUUGUUUGGUGAGCGGCUAGAACGCCUGGAGGGUGAUGUCCAGCGCCUGGCACAAGCAUAUGGUACCCUCAGCGGCCUGGUGGCCAGCCACGAGGACCCCAACAGGAUGACUGGUGGCCCCAGAGCUCCUGAUCCCCGUGUGGGCUUUGGAGGCAUCCCUGAGGGGUUUGUGAACCCUGGAGACAGAGCUGGAGGGCCACUCACUCCUCCUCUGGAUGAGAUCUUGAGCAAGGUGACAGAGGUGAGCAACACACUGCGGACUAAGGUGCAGCUGCUGGACGAGGUGCAUGGGCUGGCCCUCGGCCACGAGGCCCACCUGCAGCAGCUUCGGGAGGCCCCCCCAUCUCCGCUCACCUCCCUGGCCCUGUUGGACGAAUAUGUGGACCGACGGCUGCAUCAACUCUGGGGGAGCCUGCUGGAUGGCUUCGAGCAGAAGCUGCAAGGCGUCCAGAGCGCAUGCGACUUGCAGGUGCAGGAGGUGCGGCAGCAGUGCGAGGAGGGUCAGGCGGCCAGCCUGAGGCUGCACCAGAGCCUGGAUGGCCGGGAGCUGGCCCUGCGCCGAGAGCUCUCACAGCUGGGUACCCGGCUGCAGGGCCUGAGCGUGGCUGGUAGGGGCAGCUGCUGCAGCCAGCUAGCCUUGGUCAGUGCCCGCAUGGACAGCCUCGAGAGCAACCUGCAGGCAGUCACCGAGGUCCAAAGGGGCCGUGGCCCCAGCACCAGGGAUGAGCUCACGCGGCUCUCUGCUGCCAUGCUCGAGGGGGGUGUGGAUGGACUUCUUGAGGGCCUGGAGACCCUCAAUGGGACAGAGAGUGGAGGGAGGGGCUGCUGUGGGGGGGUGAAGGAGGGGGGAGGCGGGGUGGGCGGUUUCAGGACCAUGCUGGAAGAGCGUGUGCACAGCCUGGAGGAGCGCCUGCUGACACUGGCUGGGGAGCUAAGCCGUGACAGUACCCCACCAGGCAGGUCAGCAGGGCCCCUGGUGCAGACAGAGCUCGCUGUGCUGGAACAACGGCUGGUUUCGCUGGAGACCUCAUGUACCCCCAGCACCACCUCAGCUGUUCUGAACAACCUCAUGGCGGAAGUGAAGGCCUGGCAGAGCCAGAUUGAGGUCCUUCUCCGCCAGGUGGCCAGCCACACCGCCUUACUCCAGCAGCUCAAUGGCACUGUGGCCGAGGUCCAGGGGCAGCUGGCAGAAGCAACGGGCAGCUCACUGCAGGGCGAGAUCACCCUGCUCAAGGUCAAUCUGAACUCCGUGAGCAAGUCACUCACAGGCCUCAGCGACUCCGUCAGCCAGUACUCCGAUGCCUUCUUAGCCACCAACACCUCCCUGGAUGAGCGGGAACGCAAGGUGGAGGCCGAGGUCCACGCCAUCCAGGAGCAGGUCAGCAGCCAAGGCUCACGGCUUCGAGCUGGCCACAGGCAGGUCCUGAGCCUGCGGGGGGAGCUGGAGCAACUCAAGGCCGGUGUGGCCGAUGUGGCUGGCGGGCUGAGCCGCUGCCAGGACACAGCCCAGGAACUCCAGCUGGCAGUGGGCCAUUUCGAUCAGAGGGUGGCACAAGUGGAGGGUGUGUGUGGGAAGCUGGGCCCAAUGCCUGCAGACCUGAACAGCUUGCCCACUGAUCCACUCAGGCCCCGGGAGGGCCUAUGGGGCCAUGUGGAUCAGCUGAAUCGCACGCUGGCCCAGCACGCACAGGACAUUGCCCGCCUCCGGGAUGACCUGCUAGAUUGCCAAGCCCAGCUGGCUGAGCAGGGGCGGCCGGGGCGGGCCAACUAGGCAGGCUGGACAGGACCCAACCCCCAGAUCCUACCAAC